CACACAAUACCGGCUAAUAUAUUUAUUUCAUACCAGUGAUCGAAACUUUAACUUAUGUCGCAAGUUUGAGUGAAAAUUGUAAUUGUUUGUUUAAAUUAGACAUAAUGGAAAAUUAACGAUCGACGACGAUCUAGAUUUUUUGUCCUAAAUUUGUUUACAUGUUUUAGGAAACAUCUUUAUUUAUCUGUACUCAGGUUAAGUUUGACAAAUUGGUUAAAUUGAGAUCGACAUCUGGAUCUGGAAUCAUUAGGUACUAGGUAGAAUGUGGAUACUGGUUAGUGAAAUACAUUCUCUGGCUUAUUUGCUGCCACUUUUUCAGUAAUAUCCUAAUAUUAAGCAUUAAAUUUAAAUGCAAAAUCUCAGUAUGUCGCUCAAAGAAAGUCUUAAAGAGCUGGGCUGGCACUUGAGUGAUGAUGGUGUGGAUACUCUUAGCGAAAACGGAAAAAUACAGGAUGUACAGCUUCUAACUAAGAAAGCAUUAGAUCACGAUUUGAGGGAAAUAGGCGAGGCAGCCUUUCCUGAAGAUUUUCUAAAAGAUCCAUCUAAAUUAGAGAGCCCUGUUGUAAUUCAGAUUCAGAAAGUCAGGAAUGUAUCUGCUCCUAAAGCUAAUGAGGAAUCAACAUCUGCUCCUCGCAUGUUGAAGUUGAUAUUGCAUGAUGGCAAAUCAACAUGUGCAGCAUUAGAAAUAAACCCUAUUCCUAAUUUAACAAUAAAUACCCCACCAGGCACUAAAAUACUGCUGAAAUGUGAAGGUUUAGAAAUAUAUCAUAAUGUAAUCUGGUUAUCGCCCAAUGUGGUCACAGUUCUAGGAGGAAAGGUAACUCAUAUGAUUGAAAAGUGGGAAUUGAAUAGAAGCCUUGCAAAACAUACUAGAGGCGGCGUUGAUGCUGGUCCUCCGCCGUGGAUUCCUUUUGGUCAACGGUUAGAAGCUAACCCAUUAGAAAAACAAUUCAAGAGCCUACAAGAAGCAGCUAAGCAAGACAACCCGGAGUUUGAGGCUCAAAGGAAAGGUGCUAUAGCAGAAGCACAAAGGUUAUCUGGUGUAAAGAAGGUUUUCGGAGGUGGAACAAAACCUUUACUAGAUGCAAAUGUACAGAAGAUUGUUGAUGCUGGAUUUACUGAAGAACAGGCUGAGAAUGCCUUAAAAUACACAAAAAAUAAUGUAGAUCGUGCAUUAAGAAUAUUGCAAAAGCGAGACAAUUCGGAAAAUCGUAAUAAAGAAAAACAAAAGGAAUCUGAACCACCAAAACGAAAAGGCCGUAAUAAAGAUAAAGAUAAUAACAAUGAUGAUGAUGUAAUACCAGUGAAACCUUCUGGAAAGGUAUCCCUCUUCGACUUUUUGGAGGAUAAACUUCCGAAUGUUCCAGACAGACAACGUGAUAGAAAUAACCGCAGUGAAAGCAGUGCUCCGUUUGAGGAAAGUCGAGAAAGAAAUUAUGGAAGUAGAGACCGAAAUAAUUCCCGUCAGAAUCCUCGGAACCAAGGCAACAGGCAUGAUGGCCCCCGGCAUCGAUCAGACAACAGAGGUCAUUAUAAUGACAAUCAUCCACCACACAGAGAAGAACGGAAAUAUCAAACCCAAGUAGAGACUCCACCUAGAUUCCAAAAAAAAUUUGAGGAAAUGAAUAAACAACACUCAAAUAACCAGUAUGCAUAUAAAAAUUCAUACAACAACCAACCCCAUAAUCAAUACAAUAAUAGGAGGAACGAUAGAAAUUAUAAUAAUGAUAAUAAAAUGCAACAACAGAACCAGCAACCUUAUCAUAACAAUAACACCCAAGCAAUAGACAAUUUAGUAGAAGCAACAGCUAAUAUGAAUCUUAUGUCAAAUCAGCAGCGUCCCAAUGAAGAAACACCUUCCCCACACAAUUACCAAAUUCAUGAGCAAUCAUACCCUAAACAGUCUUAUCAUCACAACCAGAAUGUGCAAGAUACACAACAGUUUAGGCGAAAUAAUGAUGUGCCAAAAUAUCAGGAUCAGUCAUAUCAACGUCGGCAGCAACCCAAUGGUUACGUUGAUCAACCUCCUCAGAAUGCUAUGUAUCCAAAUGUAAAUUAUAUGGCAAAUAUUCAAGGAGGUUACAAUGGUCGACAGUAUGGUUAUGGUGGAAGGCCACAAGAAUAUAAUACACUUCGGACGGGUGGCCCAUUUUUACCAGGUUCGUUGCUCGGGUUUCAAAAUGCAGCAGUUAAUGAACAAGCCCGUGCAAUGUUAGGUGUAGCUGAUAUUAAUUGGAAAGUAGGCGAUCGGUGCUUGGCACUAUACUGGGAAGAUAAUAAUUUUUAUGAAGCUGAGAUAACUGGUAUAUCAGCUAAUACUGUAGUAGUCAAAUUUUGUGCAUAUGGUAAUCACGAAGAAGUUCUCAAGUCCAACUGCUUGCCUUAUCCAAAUCAAGCGACGUCCGGCGGAUACGCGUCGCGCGGCGUGUUCCCCGCGCGGCGGCCCUAGUGGCGCGGGGCGG